GACACAACUCACAAUAAGUAAAAAAAAAGAGGAGAAUCCGGAUUCUUGUUGAUCAUGUAAACAUUGAGAGGAAAACACCUUAGCUGGUGUAGUCUUCGAGAUGGAGUCCGGACUCGUUGGAUUGCGCGCAGAACUCCAUAAGAAACGUGCAGAGGCAAGCAAGUUUGGAGCUGGACAGAAAGGCCAAACUAAGAGGGAUGGUGGCAAACAAAAAAAGUCGACAUCCUUUCAGUCUUUCAAUGCUGGUGUCAGUGAUAGAGAUGCCAGAGAUAAACAACAACAAGAAGAGGAAACAAUAACUCAAGAAAAAUCAAGAUCAAUGCUGGAGAAGAAGGCUGCCUUGUAUGAGAGGCUGCAGGGCGGAGUAGAGGCAUUGGAAAAUGACGUUAUCAAUCAAAAAUUUCUUGUUAAUUUUCAGAAGAAGAUUGUAGAUGAAGUUUUGGAGAAAAAGAAGAUAAGAACCCUAGAAGAAAAUAGAAGAAAGGAACAAAGCAAGGCAGAGACUGCACACCCUGAUGAUUAUAAAACUUGUAAUGAUGAGGAUGAGUGGGUGGAAUACACAGAUGCUUUUGGACGAACCCGUGAAUGUUUGAGGAAAGAUUUGCCAGCAAUGUUGGAGUAUGAUAAGGAACUUGCCAGAGACAUUAAUGAAGAUGGCACCUCAGACAAACCAGAUCUCUUGUCAGAGGAUGUUCGUCGAGAGAUACAGCGACAAAAGUGGGAGCGGGAGGAAGAAGCUAAUGCCCUUAAAAAAGACUUACACUAUCAAGAUGUUUUGUUUGAAGAGGCACGAACACAUGGUGCUGGUUUUAUGAAAUUUUCAAGAGAUGAAAAAGAGAGAAAGGAGCAGAUGGACCUACUGAAAGAAUUGAGAGAUGAGACACAGCGGGGAAAUGCUGCCAAAGCUGCUUCUGCCUCCAAAAAAAAAAAGAUUUUACAAACCCGUCUUGAGAAAGUUCGUCAAAGAAAGAGACUAAAGAUGGGGUUGCCUAUCACAGAUGAUAAGCUGAAAACCCCACCAGCUUCAGAUGAUGAGGAGGAGAAUGGGGAUUUAAUAGGACCACCACCUCUAUCAGGAAUAAUACAAGAAGACAAACCUAGCAGUGCAAGUUUAGAAGACUCAGAAUCAAAGGAAAAAAUUACCUAUGUCAGAGAAUGGGACUUUGGAAAGGAAGGGGUAACUUCAACUCUAUCACAAGAACAAUGGGUUGAACGUCAGAGAAUUCAGAGAAACGAUGAAUUUGCUCCACCCUCGUUCUAUGAAUCACAAAAGAAGCGUAAACAUGGCCAGCAAGAAGAAGAUGGAGUAGCACCGUCACAUAAAAAAGAUCAUGUAUAUCCCACAGGUUCUCACAUUACUACUCAAUCAAAUAUGUGGAAUAAACAUGACCAUGCGACAGAAUGUUCAAAUCAUGCGAAAACAUGUACAGAUGAUAACAGUGGAGAUGAUCCCAGAGAGGAAAGAGAUCAUGCCUUUGCACCACCGCCUACCUUUGAAUAUUAUGGAACUUCAGGGCAUAAGAGCAGAAACCGUCAUGCUAGACCCAAGUAUGCAGCCAUGGAAGAAGCAAUUAGUAAGGGACUCUCUCACCUAAGGAAAAUGAAUGAUAAAUGAUAUUAAACUAAAUUCAUUAAAGAUUCUCUACAAAGCUGCACUGUUCACCGCAGAUGUACAAUAUUUCAACAUCAUUAUGGGUUAAAGAGGUUUUUAUUAACUGGCUUGGGAACUAACCACUAUUUGUAAUAUUGUUGCUAGGAAAAAUUGUGUUCCGAAUUCUGACAAAUGACAUGGGAGCUUCCUAUAUUUAUUUAAUUAUACUUUAUUGAUUAAUUGGAUCUCAUUAAAAUUAAGAACUCCACUUAUUUUAUCAGAUGAUUAAAUGCCUUAAUGUUACCCUAACCUAAACUAUACUAAGCCUAUAAUUUAGCGUGAAAGUGUUUACUCUUCAUGAUAAUCGAUUUAUUGUGUUAUUAUGUCUUCUUUACUUAUAGUCUGUUCACUCGAAGCUUGCAACUGAGGCCUAGGGUCAAUUCGUAGCAAGGCAGCUUAUUGGUUGGCGAACAGACAACCCGAAGAGCCACUACAGUUCUUUAGUAUUUAAUCUAUUGUAUUUAUAUUAUGAUAUUUUAAGGGGUAAUAACCUUUCUAUGUUGAUCUUUGAUGAUUUCCACACUAGGUGAAGCAAAAAUUAGCAUAUGAACGCACAUUAUAAACAAAUUCUGGGACGGAAACUCCUCGCUGCAUGAUGUCACACAGCGUGGUGGAGAAUGGUGCCCAAAUUUUGUAUUUUUGUUUUGAUCAAGGUUUUUAUGUUACCAGAGCAUUUCACAUGCUAAUUUUUUCUUUCUUAAGUUAGGGAAAUUAUCAGAGAUCAACACAGAUUAAAAUAUCAGGGUGUAAAUACUAGAGAUUAAACACUACUGAAGAAUUGUUGCGAUUCUUCGGGUGUCUGUCAGUCAACCAAUCAGCUGCCUUGCUACAAACUGACCCCAGGCUACAAUUGCAAGCAUUGAGUGAACAGACUAUUACCAGUAGGUUAGUUUUAGUUGUGUAAGUUGCCUGAAAAUCAACCCCAGUAAUGUAUUUUCUGUUUAUAAGUUUUUCUAGGAAAGUCACUUGGGGUAAAUGAAUUUUUGCUUUACUCACUUCUGUGGAAUACAACCAUUUCGUAUAGUAAGGACCACCUGUGUAAAGUAUUUGUAUCCUACAAGGUUGUCAUGUGUGUAUGAACAGUGUACAGGACAGUAUUUCCAAAUAUUUUUGUUUUUUUGACAGAGGCAGAGAACAUUCACAAGAGCUGGGGCCCAUCAGAGUGGGAUCAUAUCUGCUUCGUACAUAUUUGUGUUUAUUUCUUAUAUUUUGGGGGUUCAAUUUUGUUCUAUUAGACUAAUUUGUUUUCUUAAUUUUAUUUAUGCUUCUAUUUAAAUGAAAAGUUUUGUUAGCAUAUGAAAAUGUAAAAUCUCUCUACCAUAAAAUAUAUUAUUCCCCCCUCCCAUUUUUUUAAGAAAUAUUUAAAAAUAAAAUGUACAGUAAACCCUUGCUAUUCAUGGGUUUGUGAUUUGCGGUUUCGACUAUUCACAGUAGGCAGAUGUUGGCAAGCUUACGAGCCUCUCCCGCAGCUCAACGAGUCACCCCCAUGCUCCCGCAGUGUCUCCUCUCCCUCUGUUUGCACUCAACUAUUUCCUGCGAUGCAGUGUCUCUUGUGUUGUACUCAAAAUUUUAGUAUUUCUGUGUGAAAUGGUCCUUAAAAGACUGCCUAGUGUCAGUGCAAGUGGAGUGAAACAUUUAGAGACCCCAAUGCCAAGAGGAAACGCCUACCAAUCACGAUGUUUUUCAAGAAAGAACCAGCUGAUUUGUCUCCCUCACCUAUUCAGUCGGCUGCUGCCGCCACUUCACCAGUCUCCGCGCCACUCGCCUCACCAUCAACCAACACUGCAUCACCCUCUUCCAACAGUGAUCCUGAUGAUCUCCUUAAGCUUCAGUAACCAGAUUUCAUCCUUCUGUACAGUACACUUCAUCAAGCUCCAAACUUAAGCUUCUCAUACACAGUACAGGUAUACAGUAGUGCACUAAGGUAGCAUAAGUUGCUAUUCGUGGAUUUCCCAUUUUGCGCCAUUCUUGGAACCUAACCUUCGCAAAUAGCAAGGGUUUAUGGUACUGUAUAUGAAUUAAUUUCCUUUAAUUUGUAAAAAUAAAAGCAUUUCCAUAUUAUUA